AUGAUCGUUCUUGACAUGGCAUUGAUUUUGAUGAAGAGGCGUCUCGAUCCAAUCCGAAUUGAUCAUAAUCUUGAUGAACCAUUCUAUGCUUCAUCAAAGGCAGAAAUUUUACGACUGUUGAAUUAUACUGGUUUGCUCACGACACUACUAACCAUACGAGAGCUUAAUGACGAAAUCAUUGAAUUACUUGCACCUUAUUCGGAAAUUAAAGAUCUCUCAGAAAAAGCUCGCAAAGCCUAUAAAGAUCUAGCGACAUUGAAAACGUGGACUGAUAAAAUACAGUCAUAUCAUGCCAUCAACAAAGAAGUUAUUCCGAUAAAAGAUAAAGUUCAAAAGGCAGAGAACUCUUUGCGAAAAGCUUCGAAAAAACUAGCACGUGCUGAACGAGAACUCGAACGAACGGAAACAGAUUUAGCAAAAUGUCAACAGGAUUUCGAUGCAGCGAUGGAAAAGAAAAAGACAUAUCAAAUGGAUUACGAUGCAUUGCUGAAACGCCGUGAUGAUGCAAAUACAUUAAUAUCCGGUUUAACGGGAGAAAAAGCCCGAUGGAAUGAGCAAAAUAAAGCGUUUGAACAGAGUAUUGAGAAAUUGAUUGGAAAUGCAAUAUUGGCUACUGCGUUUCUCUCCUAUUGCGGUCCAUUUAAUCAAGAAUUUCGACAACGAAUGAUCAAUGAAUGGCAAAAAGAAAUCCAACAGAGACUUAUACCAUUCUCCGAAACUUACAAUAUCAUCGAACAACUGAAUGAUGAAGCAACAAUCGGUGAAUGGAAUUUGCAAGGUUUACCUAACGAUGAUCUCUCAAUUCAGAAUGGUAUUAUAGCAACAUCGAACUACCGUUAUCCACUUUUGAUUGAUCCACAACUGCAAGGUAAAUCGUGGAUAAAAAACAUGGAACGAGAAAAUGAUCUUUUAACGACGACAUUGAACUCGAGACUAUUUCGACAACAAUUAGAGGACUGCAUUUCCCUUGGGCGACCACUAUUAAUCGAAGAUGUUGAGGAAGAACUCGAUCCGAUACUGGAUCAUAUCUUAGAAAGAAACUAUGUCAAGCUCGGCUUAACUCCACGUGUGAAAGUUGGCGAUCGUGAAGUGGAUGUUAAUCACGUGUUUCGGUUGUAUGUAGCAACAAAACUAGCGAAUCCGAAUUAUUCACCAGAAAUCUGUGCACGUGUAUCGAUUAUUGACUUUACCGUUACCCAACGUGGAUUAGAAGAUCAGCUACUUAGCCUUGUGAUUGCAAAUGAACGUACUGAACUGGAACGUGAACGAGUGACAUUAGCACGCGAAACAACGAAAAACAAACGAAUGUUGAAAGAGUUGGAAGACAAUCUGUUACUCAAAUUGACUAGUAUCGAAGGUUCUGUAUUGGAUGAUCCAUCUGUUGUCGAAGUUCUCAAUGCCAAUAAACGCAUCGCUAUCGAUGUAAAAGAAAAGGUUUCGAUUGCGGAAGAAACGAAGUUGAAAAUCGGUGCGGCACGAGAAGAAUAUCGACCUGUGGCAGUACGCGGCUCAAUCAUCUAUUUUCUUAUGUCGGAAGUUGCACUCGUCAAUCGUAUGUACCAAAUAUCUUUACAACAAUUCCUUGGUCUCUUCCAUGAAUCAAUGAUAAAAUCGACGAAAAUAGCAGCAACACAGAAACGUAUACAGAAUAUCAACGACUAUCUAACAUAUCGGACAUGGUUCUAUACGACACGUGGUUUAUACGAAGAAGAUCGAUUGAUGUUUACGUUAUUGAUGACAUUGAGAAUCGACUUACGUCGAGGGAAAAUACGCUACGAUGAAUUUGAAGUAUUAAUCAAAGGUGGUGCGUCGUUAGACUUAAACACAUGUCCAACGAAACCAUUUCGAUGGCUGAAUGACGUCUCGUGGUUAAACUUAUUAGAAUUAAGUCGUAUAAAAGAAUUUCACGACGUCAUCGAUCGAUUACAAAAGAACGAACGUGCAUUUAAAGAUUGGUUCGAAAAAGAAUCCACUGACCUCUCGGCACUGCCCGAAACAUAUGACAACUUGAACGUCUUUCAUCGAUUUCUAUUUGCUCGAUGUAUAUCACCUGAUCGAACAAUAUCUGAAGCAUGCAAUUACAUUCAAGAGAGUCUCGGACAGAAAUACAUCGAAAUUCCCGUGCUCAGUUUAGAAUUAAUUGGAGAAGAAAGGGAUUGUAAAACAUCGUUGCUUGGCUUACUUUCAUCAGGCGCUGAUCCGACAUCGAACAUUCAAGUGUUAGCAAAGAAGAAAAAUGUGGAUUUAUUUGUUGUAUCGAUGGGACAAGGGCAAGAAAUUCUUGCUCGACGGUAUCUUCAACAUGCCAUCGCAUCUGGCGGAUGGCUUCUGUUGCAAAAUGCACAUUUGGGACUGGAUUAUCUUGAAGAAUUUUACGAAACUGUCAAUGGCACUGAAAUAGUCGAUCCAUCAUUUCGCGUCUGGUUGACAACGGAGACUCAUCCGCACUUUCCAAUUCAAAUUUUGCAAUCGUCUAUUAAAUUUACCAAUGAGCCACCACAAGGUGUACGAGCUGGUCUUAAGCGUACUUAUCGAUUAAUUACUCAAGAUAAACUGGAAUAUAUCGAAACAAUACACUGGCGACCGAUGUUAUACGCAACAUCAUUUCUUCAUAGUAUCGUGCAGGAACGUCGAAAAUUUGGUCCACUAGGAUGGAAUAUACCUUACGAAUUCAAUCAAGCUGAUUGGGAAGCCUCUGUGCAGUACAUUCAAAAUCACCUGGAUGAUAUCAAUCCAAAAAUAGGCAUCUCUUGGAAAGCAAUUCGAUAUAUGAUCUCUGAAAUUCAGUACGGCGGUAGGAUUACCGACGAUCGCGAUCGUCGUCAGAUGAUAACCUAUGCUAAAAAAUGGUUCUCCGAUUCGUUAUUUUUAACAAAUUUUAAAUUUUACGAUAAUUAUCUCAUUCCAAACGUUAAACGGCUCGAAGAUUAUCUUGAUCAUAUUGACAAACUUCCAUUAGUUGAUUCACCCCAGAUCUUCGGUCUUCAUUCGAAUGCUAAUAUCACAUAUUCAACAAAUCGAGCAAAGUCUAUGUUGGAAAAGAUCGUUAGUAUCCAACCGAAGGAAGCCAAUACCAACACAACAGGCGGCGAAACACGCGAUAAAAUUGUUCAUAAUAUUGCCAGCGAUAUGUUAUCGAAACUGCCCGCAAAUUUCGUUCAACAUGAAGUUCGAGAGAAGCUACGUGCGAUGGGCAUCUUAAAUCCAAUGAUUAUCUUUUUACGACAAGAAAUUCACCGUAUUGAUCGGGUUUUACGCACUGUGAGAAAUUCGUUGAACGACUUGCAGUUAGCUAUUGAUGGAAUUAUCAUAUUGAAUGAUUCUCUGAGGCACAUUCUUGACUCGAUUUACGAUGGUCGAGUACCAAACGAUUGGAUAAGAUCUUCAUGGGAAAGCAGCACACUUGGCUUUUGGUUUUCGGAAUUACUUGAUCGAUAUACACAAUAUAACAAUUGGUUAAAUUAUGGUCGACCAAAAUGUUUUUGGAUGACUGGAUUCUUCAAUCCAAAUGGUUUCCUCACUGCUAUGCGUCAGGAAGUCACUCGAAUGCAUAAAGGCUGGUCACUGGAUACCGUUAUUAUCGAUAACACUGUUCUCCGUCUACACAAAGAUGACAUUCAUGAGGCGCCCACUGAAGGCGUUUAUGUUUACGGUCUUUACUUAGAAGGCGCUGGUUGGGAUCGAAAAAAUAUUCGUCUGCAUGAAUCGCAAAAUAAAGUUGUCUACGUCCAAAUUCCGGUUGUUCAUAUAUUUGCCGUUAAUCCAUCGAUAGCAACAGGUCAAAAGAACGUAGUGAUCAACAAUAAGAAAGUUCGAUUGAAUCAAAUAUCAUUUCGAGGAAAACGAAAUGAUCAAAUAUCGCUCGCACCUUAUGUUUACAUGUGCCCUGUGUACAAGAAACCAAUGCGUACUGAUCUGAAUUUUAUCACCAUGCUUAAGUUAGCAUCCAAUGACAUUCCAGAACAUUGGAUUCUGCGUGGUGUUGCCUUACUUUGUGAUAUUAAAUAA